CCAAACAAGACAAGUCAAAUCCUGGAUGCCAAACACACCGUGAGAACACACCCAAUCUCUCUCACUCUCUCUCUCUGAAAUCUCCCAUGGAUUUGCUAAAGCAAUUCUACAAAGGCGACGCCGACGACGAGUUCGAUCGUAACCCUAAUUUCACAACCUCCGAUCACUCAUCACCACCAUCCCCAGACUCGUCCCCUCCCCGAAUCUCUCUCCCCUCCAAAUCCUCCGCCCCCAAAGUCGACGACACCAUGCUCGCCCUCACCGUCGCCAAUUCCAACCGAGCCCUAACCAAACCCCUCGACCCCUCCCACCACGUCGUAGCCUUCAACCCCACCUACGACCAGCUCUGGGCUCCCAUCUACGGUCCCGCCCACCCCUACGCUAAGGACGGCAUCGCCCAAGGCAUGCGCAACCACAAAUUAGGGUUUGUCGAAAACGCCGCCAUCGAACCCUUCAUCUUCGACGAACAGUACAAUACCUUUCACAAAUACGGCUACGCCGCCGACCCCUCCGCCUCCGCGGGGAACAAUUACGUCGGCGAUUUGGAUGCGUUGAAGCAAAACGACGCUAUAUCGGUGUACAAUAUUCCCCAACACGAGCAGAAAAAGAGGAAGCUUGAGAAGAAGAAGGAGGCAACUGAGGGUGAUGAGAAUGCGGUCGGUGGUGAUGGUGUGGAUUCGGAGGAGGUUGAGAAUCCUGCGUCGGAGGUGUGGCUGUUGAGGAAUCGAAAGAGUCCUUGGGCUGGGAAGAAGGAGGGUUUGCAAGCAGAGUUGACGGAGGAGCAGAAGAAGUAUGCGGAGGAGUAUGCCAAGAAGAAGGGUGAGCAGAAGAAUGGCGAAAAGGGUGAGGUUGUUGCAGAUAAGACUACCUUUCACGGGAAGGAGGAGAAGGAUUUUCAGGGCAGGUCGUGGAUUGCACAUCCUAAGGAUGCCAAGGCUACGAACGAUCAUUGUUAUAUACCGAAGCGUUUGGUGCAUACGUGGAGUGGGCACACAAAGGGUGUUUCUGCAAUCAGGUUCUUCCCCAAGCAUGGGCAUUUGAUUCUCUCUGCAGGGAUGGACAGUAAGGUGAAAAUUUGGGAUGUUUGUAAUUCAGGCAAGUGUAUGAGGACUUACAUGGGGCAUGGAAAGGCUGUUCGAGAUAUUUCAUUUUGUAAGGAUGGGAGUAAGUUUUUGAGUGCUGGGUAUGAUAAGAAUAUCAAGUACUGGGACACAGAAACAGGGCAGGUGAUAUCGACAUUCUCGACUGGGAAGAUACCUUAUGUGGUUAAGCUCAACCCGGACGAAGAUAAGCAGAACAUUCUUCUAGCAGGAAUGAGUGAUAAGAAGAUUGUUCAGUGGGACAUGAAUAGUGGGCAAAUUACCCAAGAGUAUGAUCAGCAUUUGGGAGCGGUUAAUACGAUCACAUUUGUAGACAAUAACAGAAGAUUUGUUACUUCUAGUGAUGACAAAUCUCUUCGAGUUUGGGAAUUUGGGAUUCCGGUGGUUAUAAAGUAUAUAAGUGAACCCCACAUGCACUCAAUGCCAUCCAUAUCUCUUCAUCCGAAUACAAAUUGGCUAGCAGCACAGAGUUUGGACAAUCAGAUUCUUAUAUACAGCACUAGGGAAAGAUUUCAGCUCAAUAAGAAGAAGAGGUUCGCUGGGCACAUAGCGGCUGGAUAUGCAUGCCAAGUCAACUUUUCACCGGAUGGUCGGUUUGUCAUGUCAGGAGAUGGUGAGGGUAAAUGCUGGUUUUGGGAUUGGAAGAGUUGCAAAGUUUUUAGAACUCUCAAGUGUCAUGAGGGAGUAUGCAUUGGUUGUGAGUGGCAUCCAUUGGAACAAAGUAAAGUAGCGACGUGUGGCUGGGAUGGAUUGAUCAAGUACUGGGACUAGCCUUUUCAGCUUUGAAUUCCAAGUUGCAUAAUAUCAAGGUGGAUGAACUCCUUCACACUGUUAACCCUUUAAUUGUCAUCCGUAUACCCAAGAUGUGGGGAUAUAUAUUAGCUCAAUCUCUGUUAGUCUGAUACUUGUACUUCUAUAUUUAUUUGUUCUUUUCGACCUUUGUGGUUUAGGACCUUUUGUACCCUAAUUUAGCCGUUCUUAAAUGCUUUCUGCUUGGGUUGUACCAUCUUCUUGUGCUUUUUACCCAAAAAUUGCAGUUACUAUCCAUGUACACAUGCUGGAGAAAUAGAGCAAUGUACUUUAGUCUUUGUUAAAUAAUUUCCAGUUCUUCUUUUAAUUAAGGACUGAGGAUGCAAAAUUGAUUAUCAUCCCUCGUCCAGAUUGUGCAUUGUUAAGAGCGCGCGUAGCAGCUGUAUAUGAAAUGAUAAUCAUUCUUUGUUUUCUUUUUA